AUGGCGACCGCUGCUGCUCCUCAGUCUUCUCUUCUCUCCCUCCUCUACCGCUCAUACCCCUCCGCCAUCUCUCCAGAUGCCACUGAGCCCGACUACCUCCAUGCCUCACCCAAGAUUUUCCCUCAGGUGAACUUCACCGAGGCCGAGGAAGCCGACAUCAAGCAGUGGCUCAACACCGUUGCUGGCUUGAACACCGCUAUCACCAGCAAUGAAAAGACUGUCAUUGAGACCAUCUUGUCUCAGCUGAACACCCACCUCGCCACCCGCACCACCCUGCUCGGUGCGAAGCCCUCGGUCGCUGAUAUCGCCGUGUAUGCCCUUGUUGCUCCUCUCGUUGAGAAGUGGACUCCUGAGGAGCGAACAGGUGAGAAGGGUUACCACCACAUUGUGCGCCAUGUCGACUUUGUCCAGAACGCACGCCUUUUCGCCCUGCAGAUUCCCGAGGAGGAGAAGGUCGUCAUUGACGUGAACGACGUCAAAUUUGUGCCCAAGCCUGUCGACCCUAAGGAGGAGAAGGAGCGUAAGAAGCGCGAGAAGGCUGCUCAGCAGAACGCCGGCGCCGGCGCCGCGGAAGAGAAGACUCUCGUUGUUGGCCAGGGCAAGCCUGAGAAGACCGCUAAGCCCGCCAAGGCUGAUGCUGCUGCUGCCCCCACCGAUGCUGCUGCCGCUGCCGCUGCCGCCGGUCACAAGACUGGCAAGAAGGAGAAGAAGGAAAAGAAGGAGAAGGCUCCUAAGCCCGCCCCUGCCCCCGCUGCUCCUCCCUCCCCCUCUCUUAUUGACCUGCGCGUUGGCCACAUUCUGCGUGCCAUCAACCACCCCAACGCCGACUCCCUCUUUGUCUCCACAAUCGACUGUGGUGAUGCUCCCGGCUCUGACAACACCUCCCUGGAUGAAGAGACUGGCAAGACUGUCCGCACUGUGUGCUCUGGUCUGAACGGUCUUGUGCCCUUGGCUGAGAUGCAGGGCCGUAAGAUCGUUGCCGUCUGCAACUUGAAGCCUGUCACCAUGCGUGGCGUUAAGUCCGCUGCUAUGGUUCUCGCCGCUUCCCCACGUGUUGCGGAGGGUGAGGACUCCCACGGUGGUCCCGUUGAGCUUGUCAUUCCCCCCGCUGAUGCCCCUGCUGGAGAGCGCAUUACCUUCCAGGGUUGGGCCGAUGGCCAGCCUGAGAAGCAGCUUAACCCCAAGAAGAAGGUCUGGGAGACCUUCCAGCCUGGUUUCGGUACCAACGACGAUCUUGAGGUUGUCUUUGACAGCAAUGCUGUUCCCAGCGUGCAGGGUCAGGAGGGCAAGCCUGCCAUUGGCAAGCUUGUUACCGCCUCUGGUGUUAUCUGCGUUGUUAAGACUCUCAAGGGUGCUACCGUCCGGUAA